CGGUGACGUCACGCCGGCCGGGUUAGCGGCUGCGCGCGGAGCAGCUUCUGGGGUUCACGUCUGCGCGUGGGCGACCGAUGUGCUGAGACGCGCACGGCCCGGCGCUGCGUGCGGGCUCCUGGGGGACCCGGCGUCCAACGCCGUGGUUGUAACUGCGAGGCAGGGUCUCCGCCCGGCGCAAAAAUGGCGGCCCGCGGCUGGUGCGUCUGUCGUCGGCUCCGGAUCUGUGCUGUGGGCCGAGCCGGAAGCAGCCAGGCCCGCCGGAAGAAUCGCUGAGUCCUGGGAUAUAGUCUGAAAAUCCUGAAGGCAGAUCCAGGACCUAUAUAUGGAAUUAAUUUUCUUCAAAAUGCCCAACUCUAAUGCCAAAUCUCAUCGUGGCCACCGAGGUGGUCAGGAAGCUGGCAGACGUGAGCUGGUUUCCAGAUCUUUACAGAGUGCUCAGCAUUGUCUGGAAGAUCAGGAUUUUGGAACUGCAUAUGCCCACUAUCUCCUGGUACUAAAUCUAGCUCCUGAGCUAAAAAAUGAUGUCAGGGAAACUUUCCAGUUUACCCUCUUCAAAUGGGCUGAAGAGCUAGCUUCUCUUGCACGGAUUCAAGAUUUAUUUAACUGCUAUGAGCAGGCCCUGGAACUGUUUCCUAAUGAUGAAAUAAUAUGUAAUAGUAUGGGGGAACAUCUCUUCAGAUCCCACAUUACAGCCAGUUCAGAUAAAGGAGGGCUGGUUCAGAAUAUGAAUACCCUAAUGGGCUUUAGAGAUGAAGCAGCUGGAUAUUUCCACAAAGCACUGAAGCUAAACCCUGACUUUGCUGAUGCAAAGGAGAAUUUUUACCGUGUUGCAAACUGGCUGGUAGAACGUUGGCACUUUAUCAUGCUUAAUGACACCAACAGGAAUCUGAUUUACCAGAAAGCGAUUGAGAAGGUGGUCCGCUCUGGUUGCAGAGCUGUUCUAGAUAUUGGAGCAGGAACGGGAAUACUGAGUAUGUUUGCCAAGAAAGCUGGAGCACCUUGUGUCUAUGCCUGUGAGUUGUCGAAGACCAUGUAUGAACUUGCUUGUGAUGUGGUUGCAGCAAAUAACAUGGAAGGAGAGAUCACACUUCUGCAUAUGAAGUCUCUUGAUAUAGAAAUUCCAAAGCACAUACCUGAAAGGGUUUCCCUGGUUGUCACAGAAACGGUAGAUGCAGGUUUGUUUGGAGAAGGGAUUGUGGAGAGUUUGAUACAUGCUUGGGAGCAUUUGCUUUUACAACCAAAGCCUAAAAAUCAAGACAUUGGCACUGAAGACUAUGGUCAAGUUAUUCCUGCAGGUGCUAUUGUAUUUGGGAUGGCAGUGGAAUGCAAAGAGAUACGCAGACAUCACAGGGUGGGAAUACAAGAAGUUGCCUGUGUGCAUUUGGCAGAAACGGUGGAGUUCUGUAGUCCAACACGUGCUUCUGUGAACUCAGAGGAAACUAUUGAACCUUACACCACAGAAAAACUCAGUAGAGUUCCUGGGGGUUAUAUGCCACUGACAGAACCCUUUCAAGCCAUGACAGUGGAUUUCAACAAUCUGGAGGAAUUGAAAAGCCUGGCAACUAGGAAGCCUUGCAAGAUCAGCAUACCUGUCACUCAAGGAGGCGUGCUGGAUGCUAUUGUGGUCUGGUUUGUACUACAGCUUGAUGAUGAGCACAGUCUAUCUACAAGUCCCAGUGAGGAAACUUGCUGGGAACAAGCAGUCUACCCUGUGCAGGGCCUUCCUGAUUAUUCUGUGAAACCUGGAGACACUGUGAUGAUGGAAGUAUGCUGCGAAGAUUGCUACUUGAGGAUCCAGAAGAUUUCUGUUUUGACUUCAGAGUAUGGGAUGGACAUUGAAAGGGAGAACACACUGGCUUCGGGCAAUGAGGCUGAACUAUGUAGUGCUUUGGCUAGUCUUCAGACUACUAGCACAUCGGAUGGCAUGGGGCAGGAAUGCAUGCUUGAAUCCACUGAAAUUGCACUUCUAAACAAUGUGCCAUACCAUGAAUGCUUUAAUGCUGCCAUUGGCAAAGUGUUGUCAUCCUUGAUCCCAACGAGAGAAUCUCUGUCAAUGGAUGUUGAUGGUCAUGAUAGAGAGAUGAACUUUGAAAAGAGUCAAAACAAGAAUUCCUCAUAUACAACUCAUGACCCUUUGUAUGUAUUAGAUGUGUCCGAGGGCUUUUCGAUUCUGCCAAUAAUUGCUGGCAAACUUGGGCCAGUUAAAGCUUACAGUUCUGUUGAAAAAGAGCAGCAUCAAAUAGCCCUUAACAUAAUUUCAGAAGCCAACCAUUUCCCUAAAGAAACAUUGGAGUUUUGGCUCAGCCACUUAGAGGAUGAGAGUGUGGUGUUACAGAGACCCAAAUCAGACAAACUGUGGAGUAUUAUAAUUCUGGACGUCAUAGAGACUUCAGGUUUAAUCCAGCAGGAGGUGAUGGAAAAGGCAGCAAUAUCCAGGUGUUUGCUUCACUCUGGAGGAAAGAUAUUCCCACAAUAUGUGGUGAUGUAUGGGAUGCUUGUAGAAUCGCAAUCCUUAGUACUUGAAAGUGCAGUUCAAGGGACUGAACCCACACUUGGGUUUAAUAUAGCACCUUUUAUCAACCAGUUCAAGGUGCCUGUUCGUGUGUUUUUGGAUCUCGCCACAUUACCAUGUGUGCCCUUAAGCAAGCCAGCAGAACUGCUAAGACUAGAUCUCAUGAAUCCCUAUUUGAACAGCUCCAAUAGAGAAGUAAAGGUGCAAGUUUCUAAGUCUGGCCACGUCACUGCCAUUCCAUUUUGGUAUCAUAUACAUCUAGAUGAAGAUAUUUAUUUGGAUACGUCAAGUGAUUCCUCCCACUGGAAACAAGCUGCAGUUGUUCUUGACAAACCGAUCCAAGUUCAGCUUGGAGAUGAACUUGUUCUCAACAUUCAGCACUAUAAAAGCAAUGUCAGCAUCACAGUAAAGCAGUGAAGAGUAGUCACUUGGAAACUGGUUCAUAUGUUCAAAUCAAAGAAAAUUAUUUUGGCUUAAAUAUAAUUAUCUAUGCACGCUAGCCGAAUGGCUCAGCAUUUGAGAUGUUUAAUAGAAGAUGAGCAUAAAAUCUAGGUUUUAUGUUUUGACCCAAGAGGGUUUUUUAUUAUUAAAUUUUGUUUGUUUGUUUUAAGAGGCCCUAUUGAUGAACUACAAGCCAUUGUGCAAGGACAUUUUGAACUGUUAUAGUGAAGUCAUGUCUUGCUUAGCAGCAGGAAGCUUCAUUGUUAACUGAAUUGAUUAUUUCUCCAAUUUUCCUUUGUACAAGCUGCAGAGGAAGCUGUAAUUUUUGUUGCAGGGAUGCUCACAAUUUUUUGUUUGUGUAAGGUACUCAGAUACCUUAGCAGUAAACACUGUAUAAAUAUCUACAUACAUAGAAUGCAAUAUUGUGAAACAAUUAGAUCCUCCCUUCAAUCCCACACCUUCUUUGUGACAAUUAUUUUAAGUUACAUGAAGUGGUAUUAAGGAGGC